UCUGCGGAGUGGGCGGGGCUCAGGAGAGGAAUCCAGUCCGUUCAGUUUGUCUGUGCGGGUUCCAGGGCCAGAGUGCUUAUAUCUGGCCUGCGGAGUUAAUGAGUAAUACCCUGAUUUUAGCUGACCAGGAGCUGGAACCCUGAGCAGGCCUGAGAGCCGAGAACGCCACCAUGUCGGUGAGUUUUGAGAUCUCGAACAUGGAGAUGAAGCUGGGAGAAACCCUGAAGCUCAAGGGCCAGAUCCAGGACAACGUCGAUAGCUUUGCGAUUAACCUGGGGCGGGGGCCAGAUGAGCUGAGCCUGCACUUUAACCCCCGCUUCAACGAAUCCGUCAUUGUCUGCAACUCAAAGGAAGCUGGCUGUUGGGGACAAGAGCACCGCGAUGAUCACAUGUGCUUCAGCCAGGGGGCAGACGUCAAGUUCACCGUGACCUUUCAGAGUGAGGAAUUCAAGGUGACGCUGCCAGAUGGAUACCAGCUGACCUUUCCCAACAGGCUGGACCACAGCCACCUGAGCUACCUCAGUGUGCGGGGCCUCCACAUCUCUGCCUUCAAGUUGAAGUGAGCGGAGUCCCCAGCCUGCAGAUCCCCCAGAACCCCAGCCCUCCGUCAGCACUUCCUGCCCUUCUGGCCCCAUUUCCCUUCUCCAAAGUCAAAGCAAACAAACCUUGUACCUUUAUAGUC